AUGAUAUAUGACUCUGACUCGCUGAGUGGACCAUGGACAUUUCGAGGAGCAGCGAUUCCCGAUGGGAGUUCUAUAAACCUCGCUGGCAAGGACGACCUGUGGGCUCCAGAUGUUCGCCUCGUCGGGGACACCUACUACAUGUACUACGCCGUCUCAGCUUUUGGCAGUCAAGCAUCAGCUAUCGGAGUCGCAACAUCAACCACGCUGGAGGCUGGGUCUUGGACGGACCACGGUGCGACCGGCGUCUCAUCCAAGGCUGGAAGCAACUACAACGCCAUCGACCCGAACCUAGUCCAAACAGCCGACGGAAAAUUCGUACUCAACUUCGGCUCGUUCUGGAACGAUCUCUUCCAGGUCCCAAUGGCCACCACGCCAACCAAGGCAGCCGGCAGCAGCUACAACAUCGCGUUCAACUCGUCCGGCACCCACGCCGAGGAGGGUCCCUUCAUCUACUACCGAGCCCCGCACUACUACCUCUUCUGGUCGUCCGGAAUCUGCUGCGGCUACGAAACCACCAUGCCCGGCCCCGGCGAGGAGUACAGGAUCAACGUGUGCCGGAGCGAGAGCGUCAACGGGCCCUUUGUCGACCAGCGCGGCGUCAACUGCGCACAGGGCGGCGGCACGACCGUUCUGGCGUCCCAUGGGAAGGUUUAUGGCCCCGGUGGUCAGGGCGUGUACGCUGAUGCUGCCCAUGGCGGCGCGGUUCUUUACUACCACUAUGCGGACACCAGUGUUGGCUAUGCCGACGCCGACUACCGGUUUGGCUGGAAUGGGUUGAGCUGCGCCUGCAAUGAGACCUCACCCGGUAACUACACCGAGAACCGCGGCGAUGCAGGAAGUCGGUUGCUUGAGUGGGCCCUGAGACCCAUGUUCGAUGCUGUCAGCAUCGACGUCUUCGGUCCAGUCCCUUCGAGGCUAGAGGCACAGGAUGCGACGCGGAUGAAAGUGAUUGUCCUCGGCACGAGCAGGAGCGGAACCUUGAGUUUAUACAAGGCCUUCAAGAUACUGGGAUAUAACCCAUAUCACAUGGUCGAAGUCUGCGCCGGCGGCUUGGAUCAUUUCCAGAUGUUUCACGAGUAUGUUCGACUCAGCCAUGCGCAAAGCGAUGCGGUAAAACCGUACGGACGUCCAGAAUUCGACAAGUGGUUCAGAGGGUUUAACGCCAUUUGCGAGAUCCCAAGCUACUCAGGAGGCAUAUUCUUCGUGGACGCCUACAUUGACGACCCCGACGUCAAAUUCAUUCUGACGGAGAGGGCGCCCGCGGCCUUUGCCCGGUCCAUCAACAACUCGGUCGGGCGUUUUGUAACGGCUGCGCACUCGUUCCCUCUGGGGAUCUUGAAAUACUUUGAUACCUAUAACUGGGCAUUCACGAGACUCGUCGACGAUAUGUACCCCGUCUAUUCCCGAGAGAAGAUGCCAAGUGAUCCAAACAGCGCCGAAAGUAUUGCGCGUUGGUAUGAGGAGUAUACCAUAACAAUCAAGAAGUACGUACCGCCCGAGAGACUGCUCCAUGUGCGGCUUGAAGACGGUCUCGGCUGGGAACAAGUCUGCCCAUUCCUCGGAGUCGAAAUCCCCGACGCACGUUACCCCAGGGGGAAUGACCCAGAUGAAUUCAAGAAGAUCGCGCAGAGCUUUUUGGAACCCGGAAUCAAGAAAGCUUUUGGUAUCCUCACGGCCUCUGUUCUGGCUAUUGCUGGUGCCGGGGCAUGGUGGUUAUAUCCAAGACGUCGUUGA